UGAAUCUGACACUUAAUUAGAAGUACCUGUGCUCACACAGGAACAGGGCUGUUCACAUCCUACUUCGGCUGCCGUGAUAAAGGCCUUAUAUGACCAAUCCACCCCUCAGACUGAAGAUCUGAAAGACUGAAGGAAGAAUUUUGCAGAAGGACUCAGGACUCUACUUUUCAUCAGGACUCGGACUCUACUUUCCAUCAGGACAUCAUUGUUAGGGGUCAUCACAUAUUUUACAGUGAGCUUAGAAAAUGGCCUCCAUGCGUUGUUUCACAGAGGAGGAUUUUUCUUGUCCUGUGUGCCGUGCCAUCUUCAAGGAUCCUGUCAUCAUGAAGUGUAGUCACAGUGUGUGUAAAGUCUGUCUGCAGCAGUUUUGGGAAAUUAAUAUAUGUAGGAAAAGAUUCACAAAUUCAAACCCGCAACUUAACUUGGACCUAAAGAACUUGUGUGAGACCUACUUACAGCAGAGAAGUCACAGAGCUUCAGCAGGGUCUGAGGUGCUCUGCAGUCUGCACAGUGAGAGACUCAAGCUCUUCUGUCUGGGGGAUAAACAGCCUGUGUGUUUGGUGUGUAGAGACUCAAGGGAACAUAAGAAUCACAACUUUAGUCCUGUUGUUGAGGUUACACGUGAUUAUAAGGAGCAACUGAGGACACAGCUGGCCAAGCUGAAAGAAAAGAUGAAGAAGCAUAAAGAAACUAAACUAAUCAGUGAUGAAACAGCAAAACACAUUAAGGUACAGGCCCUAAACACAGAGAAGCAGAUCAAGAAGGAGUUUAAGAAGCUUCACCAGUUUCUACGAGAUGAAGAGGCAGCCAGGAUAGCUGCACUGAGGGAGGAAGAGGAGCAGAAGAGUCAGAUGAUGAAGGAGAAGAUUGAGAAGAUGUACAGGGAGGUCUCAUCUCUCUCAAUCACAAUCACAGACAUGGAGGAGCAGAUAAAUGCUGAUGACCUCACAUUCUUGCAGAACUACAAGAGCACAGUUGAAAGAGCCCAGUGCACACUGCAGGAUCCAGAGAGGGUUUCAGGAGUUCUGAUCAAUGUGGCAAAGCACCUGGGCAACCUGAAGUUCAGAGUCUGGGAGAAGAUGCAGGAAACUGUUCAUUACACUCCUGUAACUCUGGAUCCCAACACUGCAGACCCACAACUCAUCCUGUCUGAGGAUCUGACCAGUGUGAGAUGUGGUGAUGAGGAACAGCAGCUUCCUGAUAACCCAGAGCGGUUUGAUGUGUAUCCCACUGUCCUGGGCUCUGAGGGCUUUAACUCAGGGACUCACUGCUGGGAUGUGGAGGUUGGAGAGAACACACAGUGGUGGGUGGGUGUGAAGACAGAGUCGGCCCCGAGGAAGGGAGAAUAUUUCGGCCCUGUGAGUGGAGAGUUACAUCUGGAGUAUUGUGAUGGUGAAUAUACAGGACAAGCUCCAUCACAGCCUCAUCAUUUCCUCACAGUGAAGCUGAAACUCCAGAGGAUCAGAUUGCAGCUGGACUGGGACAGAGGAGAGCUGUCAUUCUCUGACCCUGAUAGUAACACACACCUACACACUCUCAGACACACUUUCACUGAGAGAGUGUUUCCAUACAUUAACACUGGUGAAUUUCCAAUGAGGAUCUUACCCAUGAAGAUCUCAGUCAGUAAGAGUAGAGCAGCCCAUAUACUAUAGAGCUGAUAGUGUCUCUGUGUGGACCAGAACUGAUCAGCAUGAGGAGAUGAGAAUCAGUUAGAGGAGAGAAAACACCAGCAUCACUUAAUGGAUGUCACUGUAUAAAA